CCGUAUCCCACACUGGCUGCAGUACAUGUGCUGUUUUUGAUAGAGAGUAACUCCAGACAAAAUUUGCCGGGUUGUCAUGUAGAAAAACACAUCACAUCUUUGUGGGUUCGUCGUGAAAGUUAGUGAUAUAUUCAAUAUAACAUCUGAAAAUAAAAUACAAGCGGUUGUUAUCCCUGAAAACAGGAAGGCCCGUUAAACGGUUCUUUGAGACGCCGACAGUGGAAUAUAGAAGACAACAGUCUCACUUCAACUGCAAGAAGCCUGGUUUAUAGAAAAUCUGAGAGGACAUUUCUUGUAUUGUGUCAGCUGAUUGGUGGAGACCAUGGGGAAGUGUAAGAAUUGUGGGUGCACAGACAUUGAUGUGGACCAGGCACGGGGAGUUGCUGUUUGCAUGGGCUGUGGCUCUGUGCUUGAGGACAACAUCAUCGUUUCAGAGGUAACCUUCGUGGAAAGCGGCGGUGGAGGAUCAUCUGCUGUUGGGCAGUUUGUCGCUGGUGACUCGUCUGGAAAUGUGCCACAAUUGGGAACAAACUUCCACACCGGGGUGGGGAGGGAGUCCAGAGCUGCCACUCUGCAAAAUGCUAAGCGGCAGAUUAUCCACCUCGGUCAUCAGCUCCAGAUGAAUCAGCACUGUCUGGACACAGCCUUCAACUUUUACAAGAUGGCACUUUGCAAACAACUGACUAGAGGGCGAAAAUCAGCCCAUGUCAUUGCCGCCUGUCUCUACCUCGUCUGCCGUACGGAGGGGACACCUCACAUGCUGCUCGACUUGAGUGACCUACUGCAGGUUAACGUGUAUAUUUUGGGGAAAACCUUCCUUGUUUUAGCUAGGGAGCUGUGCAUCAAUGCACCUGCUAUUGAUCCGUGUCUUUACAUUCCGCGUUUUACGCAAAUGCUGGAAUUUGGGGAGAAGAGUCACGAGGUUUCGAUGACGGCAUUGCGUCUCUUGCAGAGGAUGAAGAGAGACUGGAUGCACACGGGACGGAGACCUUCGGGCCUCUGCGGAGCAGCUCUCUUGGUUGCCGCUCGCAUGCACGAUUUCCGUCGAACAAUUAAAGAAGUGAUAAGUGUGGUGAAAGUGUGUGAGGCUACAUUGAGAAAAAGGCUGAAUGAGUUUGAAGACACGCCCACCAGUGAGCUCACCAUUGAGGAGUUCAUGAAGGUGGACCUGGAGCAGGAGUGUGACCCACCCUCAUUCACGGCUGGACUCAGGAAGCAAAAACUAAAACAGAUUGAGCAGGAACUUGCAAAGAAAGUCGAUGAUAUUGAAGGUGAAAUCUGUGGGUAUCAGGAUGAGAUUGAAAUAGAGCUGGAAAGCUGUAGGCCCAAACCCAGAGGGAUUUAUGCAUCCUCUUCUAGAGAAGAUGAUGUCAUAUCCUUAGCAUCCUCUAGUCUUCUUGUUGGUGAUGAUGGAGAAGACGAAGAGCUUAGGGCGGCAGCAUCUCACCUGUGCAAAGAUUCAGGUUUUGUUGAAAUGGAUGCAGGUGGAGAUGAGCGGAAGCAUGACAAAGUUACCCCAUCCAAACGGCCGUCGUUGGAAUUAUUGCUUGGGACGCUGCCCACUGCUGCCAGUUUGGGCCUGCCUGAGUCUAUAACCAAAAUGAGAGAGGAAAAAGAAAACGAUGCAGAGAGCGAAGAUGGUGAGCUAGACCUUAGCGGUAUCGACGAAGAUGAGAUCGAUCGGUACAUCCUAAAUGAGAAGGAAAUAAAGGUAAAGACCGAGCUGUGGAUGAUUCAAAACGCAGACUACCUCAAAGAACAGAAAGAAAAGGAAGAAAGAAUAGCAAAGGAAAAGGAGGAAGGUACAUAUAAAGAACGGAAGACAAGAAAGCCAGGGAAGAGGCGUGAGCCGAUUAACGCCAGCACUGCAGACGAGGCCAUUGAGAAGAUGUUAGAACGGAAACGCAUUUCUACUAAAAUAAACUACGAUGUUCUGAAAGACUUGAAUAAAUCAAACCCAAAAAGUCCCACUCGCCAGUCAGAAGAACCUUCCGAUGGGUUGAAAAGAACCCCCGCGAGCCGCCAGCCGAAACCCCAUCUGUCUUCACCGAAGAUGAGCAAAACCGUCAGCAGUUUUGGCAAGAGGUUACAGCCCUUGAUAUGUCCGCAGCCCUCUAAGAAGGUGGCUCUUGACCAGAAUGGUUCUGGCCUUCCAUUGGCCGCCCCUGUCCAGAAUGCUGUUGUUGUGGAAAGCGGACCGGUUUCAUAUGAAGAUCCUACAGGUGAAGAAGAGGAGGAUGAAGAGGAGGAACCUUGCAUCAGUGCCAUGGAUUUAAUGGGUCGUGGUGGUGAUUACGGGUUCGAAUUAGACGAUGAUGAUGGAUUUUAACUCUAAAAGAUGUAUGUGAGGGCGCCGUUGGACGUAACGCACUAACUUAUCCUGCUGCUUAUUUCUACCACAAGAAAGACAUCCAGCCUUCAUCUCACUGGCGUUGGUGAUUCUGUUUGUGAAGAUGAAUUGUGAACUUUACACACUACAGCAGGGAUGGGCAACUUCGGUCCUGGAGGGCCGGUGUCCUGCAGAGUUUAGCUCCAACUUGCCUCAGCACACCUGCCUAAAAGUUUCUAGUAUGCCUAGUAAGACCUUAAUUGGCUG